GGAUUGGAACACCUGAAUCACAUGAUUUGGAGGGGAUGGGAACACCUGAAUCACAUGAUAUGGAGGGGAUGGGAACACCUGAAUCACAUGAUAUGGAGGGGGAUUGGAACACCUGAAUCACAUGAUUGGGAGGGGAUUGGAACACCUGAAUCACAUGAUAUGGAGGGGAUUGGAACACCUGAAUCACAUGAUUUGGAAGGGAUUGGAACGCCUGAAUCACAUGAUAUGGAGGGGAUUGGAACACCUGAAUCACAUGAUUUGGAGGAGGAGAAAAAAUCUUCAUCACCCCCCACUUGUAGUGCAGUGUCA